AUGGUCCUUGCCUCCUCCAGGAAGGAUCUGCUGAUGUUGCUCUUCUGGCAGCUCUUUGAGCACUGGUGGAGCAAAAACUUCUCUGUGCUGACACGUCUCAUAAACAACCACAAAAACACACACGGGGACGUGCCACGGUCACUGCCACUGAGAUGGAACAACCCCCACCAGCCUGGCUACAGAAGGAGGGGGGCAUUUUCAGCCAGGUACCCCCAACAAGCCCCCAGGGACUUCCAGCUUCACCAGAGUCACUCCUGGAAGAAAAAAUACUCCCUCGUCAACCGGCCACCGGGACCGGGGUUUGAUGCCGGAAGCGCUGGUGGUGCUGGCACCUCUCAGGCUUUUGGAAGUUAUGAGGAGAACCAGAGACCUGAGCCAGCAGAAUUGUCCCCAGAAAGACACGUGGACUUAACCACAGAUGGGAAUAUCGUUGUGGGGAUCCAGCUGCCUCAGAGGGCUGGUCUGUUGGAAGAUGGGGAAGGUUUGGCUGCCGUGAGUUCUUACGGGGAGUUUUCGGGGCUGCAGACGGUGGUGGCUGCUGCAGGUGGUGGGAAAGAUGUGCCAACACCUCAGUACAACAACCAGAAGGAAGAGAGAAGACCUUCCCUUUCUGUUUCCUUCAGCUCCUCUCACCGAUUUGUCAGCUCAGCCUACGUGGAUGUGGAGGAGAAACCCAGAAAGGUGCUUCUGGCCAGCGAGGUGGCCGGAACCUCCCCUGCCUCCUGUGGAAGCACCAGUGAAAGUGCUGUGACCUUGAAGUCAGAGCCUCAGGAGCCUUUGGUGUUGCCAGGUCACCAACCAGCUUGGCACUUGGUACAGAGGAAGGUGGAACCACCAGCUCCAGGACAGUCCAGUUGUGAGCAAGUUGGGGUUGUUUUCAGAGAGCCGAAGCUCCUUGGGAGUGGUGGGACGUGCUCUCAACCUGCUCAAGCUGCUGCUUCAGUGGUUGGGUUGGCUUCAACGAAGGGCAGGUUUUCCACAGUCCCCAAAGCUGCUGGUCUCCAAAGAGCUGCCUCGACAUCCAUCUCCAGCAAAGCUUCAAAGUUCAGGAAAACUAAUUACACGUGGGUUGCAAGUCCUGGUAAAUCCUCUCGUCCUGUGAAGAGAUGGGUCAGCCCAAGGGCUUCUGAAGGUGCUAAGAAGAUUGCUGGGGGAGUGGACAAAGGUUUUAAACUCUCACCAAAAGCAGAUUUGGGAGCAAAGCUGAAGAAAUCAGGACUGCAGUCCAAACUGGGUGUUUCUCCCAGCAAAUACAAAUGGAAAGCCUCCAGCUUGCAGACUUCACCCUCCACCUCCAGGUCAGCGUUCCGGUGGCGAUCUGAGGAUCAGAAGAAGCCUCCAACCCUCAGCCUCCCACCCCCUCUGAGCACUGGGUCUGUUGGUCUGGGUGGGACAAAACCCUCCGUGGGUGAUGCCUCAUUUUCCAGUUAUAAAGUGAAGAGCAGGACAAAAAUCAUCAAGAAAAAAGGGAGCUUGGGUGCCCCCACUGAGAAGAAGAACAACUCCUCGCCCACCACCCCCCUGAAGAGCCACUUCCAUCUCAGGAAGAAAAACUCCUUGAGAGGGAAACCUGUGCCACCAAAACGCUCCUCACCCAAGGGCCUGGUGCAGAUCACCAAGCACAGGCUCUGCAGGCUGCCAGCCACCAGGAUGCAGGUGUCCACCAAGGAAGGACCCAACUUGCACUUCCUAAGGAGCCCCCCAGGCAACAAAGUGAUAAAAACACGCUACAGGAUAGUGAAGAAGAACGUGGUGUCUCCAGCCUUAUCAUCCUUCAGCAGCCCCAUUCCCAGCUGGAAGACAAGGCGCCCUGUGACAUCCAGGUCCCCACAGUUAAACCCAACUCGCCCAUCACCUCAGGGCAGCAAAUCCCAGCAGGGGCAGCAGAGAUGGAGGAGCAAAGGCUUCUGCUGCAUCGGUGGGGUGAUGUACAGGGUGUCAGCCAAUAAACUCUCCAAGACUUCCAGCACCCCCAUCCGGGCCAGAGAACUCAGCACCAAGAGUCCUGGCAGAGCAGGGAGGUUGCUUUGCACGCCCAGCCCUGGCUCCUCUCCAUCCAGCUGCCUGAACAGAUCAGCCACCAGCCGCUACAUCGCCAGUCGGGCAGUUCAGAGGAGCUUGGCCAUCAUUCGUCAGGCCAAGCAGAAGAAGAAGAAGAAGGAAUAUUGCAUGUACUACAACCGCUUUGGAAAGUGCAACCGUGGGGAGAGCUGCCCCUACAUCCAUGAUCCAGAGAAGGUGGCUGUCUGCACCAGGUUUCUCCGUGGCACCUGCAAGAAGACAGAUGGGACCUGUUCAUUUUCCCACAAGGUGUCCAAAGACAAGAUGCCUGUGUGCUCCUACUUCUUGAAAGGGAUCUGCAACAACAGCAACUGUCCCUACAGCCACGUCUACGUGUCCAGAAAGGCAGAAGUGUGCCAGGAUUUCCUCAAAGGAUAUUGUCCCAUGGGAGAAAAGUGCAAGAAGAAGCACACGCUGGUUUGCCCCGACUUUGCCAAGAAGGGUGUUUGCCCCAGGGGUGCCUGGUGCAAGCUGCUGCACCCACAGAAGAAGCGUCACUCAAGAGAGGAAGAGGAUGGGGACCGCAAUGAGCCCCUCUCCAAGUGGAGACGGGUCAAGGAGGAGACAAACAGGGAUGAUCCAGCUCAGCUCCAUGAUGAUGGAGAAAUUCCUGGACCCUCCAACGUGGAGCCAGAGGUGAAGGUUAAGAAAGAGAGAGGCACCUCACCAACCAGCUGGCUGCAAAAGCUGCCCUCCUUCAUCUCUCUCCAGUCCUCACCAUCCCCUGGUCACCAAAGCUGCAAAGUGGAGAAGGGUGAAGAUGAGUCAGAGGAUGAGCCAGCUCCUACACUGGAAAACCCCUUCAUCACCAGCAGCUCUGCAGAAGGGGAAUUUGGGGCAUUCUAA